AUGGCUAUUUCCGAAGAAGUUCCUAUGGAAGUUGAAGAAAACAACACUUUACCUCUUUUUGAAACAUUUUCCAUUUUAAAAUAUAUUAAAGAAGCUCAACAAAAACAUGGUUUAAGACAUGGUGACUACAAUAGAUACAGAAUAUAUUGUGGUGACAGAAUUCUCAGAAUACGUCGAAGACUUAACUUUACCCAUAAUUAUAAAUCUGUUAAAAAAAUAAAAAGUAAAUGGCAAGAGAAACGUGUUACUAAGGAUAAAGUGACAGAACUUGGUUUUGUUGAAAUUGUAAUGUUUGAUGCUGAAAGAGAUUGGGCAUAUGCUCAACAUCUUAAGCAUGAAAUUGGAAAUGAUACUCAUUCAAGAAAAAAAUAUCAUAUGCGUAGAAAAUUAAGAAAUGCAGUUUAUCAUAGUUCAAAUUUAGAAAAAUUAAUUAAAAAUAAUGAUAGAUUUGAUGCUGUAAGCAAAUUAGAAGUCCAAUCAUACAGUAGUUACAUUAAAGGUGUACUAAAUGUUGAGUUAAAACAAUGGAAAAUUGCUGCUGAAUGUUUUCGUACCGUAAAGACAAUUUAUGAUAAGUUAGCUAGUGUUGUUAAAUUUCCUGACAUGAUUCAAUUGUACAAUUCUCGUUGUCGGGAAAUCCAACCUCUUCUUCGUAUAUGUGAAUACAAUUUAGGUGAUUCUUCUGAUGCUGUAUCAGAUAUGAUUCGCCUUAAACAUGAUGGUUCUUCCGAAGUUUCAGCUGAACUUGGGAAAUUGAUCGAUGAACUUCAGGCUAAAAGUAUUGGUGAUAUGGAGAGUUCUGUUUCUUGGGCUACGUUUACAACUCCAGUUGCUCAAUUAAAGGUGAGGCAGUUGAUUCUCCAAGAAAAAGGAUUACAAAAUGAGGUAGAUAGUUAUAAAUCAUUUGACGAGAAAGUAAGUGUUUAUGAAAUGUUCCUUCAAAAUUUAAGAGAGGAGUUAGGGAAAUUACUUGAUGAAAGAAAAAAACUUCCACCUUCCUCUGCAGAAGAUCUAAGAAAUCCAUUGGUUAUUACGAUACAUUACUUAGAAUUUUUGAAAUUUAAAAUUUCUUCUGAGCGUUAUUUGCUGAUGAUCAAUAAUAUGAAAUAUGGAAAUAUUGCAAAAAAUGUUAAACCACAAGAUUUCCUACGUCUUUACGGUAGUAUCAUUCAAAAUGCACAUGAUGUUAUUGCAAUUAAUGGUGCUAUCGAUGACAAAGCGUUGGUUGACGCUUUUACGUUCAAAGCUCAAUUUUAUCAAGCUUUCAAAACUUUUUAUAUGUCUCAGGUUUACAAUCAGAUAAAUAAACUUACUGAAUCAGAAGCCUUACUAGCCAAGUCGAAAGAGCGUGUAAAACAUUUGCUUGUAACUAUUGAUGGACUAAAAGGAAACCACUAUGUUUUGGAAAAAAAAGAAGAAUUAGAAUGUUUAAGAAAUUUAAUUAAAGAAGCUAAAGUAACUAAUAAAGCCAAUUUGUUCUGUUCUAGUUUGGACGAAUCAGAAGAAAACAGUUAUAAACUUCCAUCCGGAUAUAUAAAUGAAAAUCCAGACAAAUUGUAUUUAUUUGAACCUUCCGAUAUAGAAGAAAGUGAAAAGAAUGAGAAUGGAUUACCUAUUGUUAAUCUUGGUGUCGAAUUGCAACCAAUGCCUGCAAAGCCAAUGUUCUUUGAUUUAGCAUUAAAUCAUAUUAAAGUUGAUGAUCGUCUAAAGAAGAAAUAUCCAGAUAUUUUUAAAAAUUAA